UUUUUCGAAAUUACAGGUGGACCCGUUGGCUUCUAGCAAAGAAGGCGACAACGCCCCGACUUUAGUCUAAAUUGAAAGUUGGAACUGUGUUAACGUGUUUUUCGAAUAAACGUGAAAAAAGUUAACACCAGUUUGAACAGAAAAAACGAAAAAAUACACUUUUUUAAACGAAAAACAAACGAAAAUAUUUGAAUAAAACAAAAAACGAAAACCUAAUUUUUAAGUGAACAAACAAUGCGUUUUAAACUCUUUUUGGCCAGUCUGCUGGCUUGCGGCUUCAUAUCCUAUGUUAUUGCCAAUGAAAAUGUCUCAACAGAAACCGAAAGUGUUUCCGCCAACACCAAAGAUAAGAAAGGUGUUAGAAGUACAGUGCUGGACAAAAAUGAAGUCGUGGAAAUGAUUGAAAUUUUACCGCCACAACCCAAGCAAAAACAACAACAACAACACCAACAUACAGCUCCGAAAGUGUCAUCGACAACGGGAACAUUGGUUGCCAACAUGUCACAGCAGCGUUCUGGCGCUUUACAAAUGGCCGACUUCUAUUUGGGCGAAUUGGGUUAUGACAUUGUCAACGAUAAUGGCUAUAAUUGGGAUCCCAACAAUCGCAUGGCGCCACCAACAAUGCCAUCACAUUCAUUGACCGGUGGCUACACCAUUACACCACAACGUCUGGCUGAGAUACGUUCGUAUUUUAUGUAUUGGUAUUUCGAUCAGGAUAUGUACGGCGGACGUGGUGAUUAUCAGUUCGAUAUUCAUGCCUCGACAACACAGAUUCAUAAAAAUUUAAAUUUCCAAUUGCCAUUCUACGGUUUCCGUUUCAAUUAUACGAGAGUAUCCCUCAACGGUUAUUUGGAAUUUUCCGAUCCACCAGAGUAUUUUACAUAUCCCUUGGUGUUCCCCGUCAAAGAUUGGCCGAAGAAAAAUGAUCCCUCAUUCAUUGGUAUUUUCUUUUCCAAGUGUCGUGUUGGCCGCAUCUAUCCCACUGACAUUGAUCAACGUACACCAGGUGUCUAUUUCCGUAUGGAACGUGAUUUGAUGACUCGUACCGACAGAUUCGGUGUUGAAGUACGUGAACGCACCAUGUGGGAUAUUCGUGAUGGCGUCGUUGGCGCUGAAACUUUCGUACCAAAACACGUUGUUAUUACUACCUGGAAAAAUGUUUCAUUUGCUGGUGGCAUUGAUAAUUCCCUGUUCACGACCAACACAUUCCAAAUGGUUUUGGCCACCGAUGAAGUCUACACCUAUGCCAUUUUCAAUUACGAUGUUCUGAACUGGUCUGCCCAUACGGAAGCCGGUGGUGAUACCACACAUGGUGAAGGUGGUGUUCCAGCCUUUGUUGGCUUCAAUGCCGGUAAUGGCACGCGAUCCUACGAAUACAAACCUUACAGUCAAAAUAUGGUGAUACGUGAUUUGACGGGACGUGGUUGGGGUAAUGGUUUCCCUGGCCGUCACAUUUUCCGUUUGGAUGAGGAGAUUUUAAUUGGGUCUUGUAACAAGGACAUUGAUGCUGCCAUUUUACCUUUGACCUUUGCCCCCGAAUCCGGCAACAUGUUGGGUGGCACCGUUGUCAACAUUACCGGCCCCUGCUUUGAUCCCAACGUCCGUGUUAUGUGUCACUUUGAUACGGAAGACGUACUUGGCCAAUAUGUGGACAAGAAUCGUGUCAUCUGCGUACAGCCAUACCUGAAGGCCGAGGGCUAUAUUCGCUUUGAAAUUUCUGUUGGUAAUGAGCGCUUCAAAUGGCGUGGUAAAUACUUUGUAGAAACACCUGCGGCUGCCACGGAGAAAAUUUUCUUUGAAACUGAUGAUGUUCACAAAAAAGCCCCCAAGGAGAUACGCAUCAACUGGAACGCUUACAAUUUAACCUCAAAUGCAAAUGCCAAUAUUAUGAUAUCGUUGUGGGGUUAUCGUGAAACCACAAUUCAUCCCCAAUUGGAAUAUAUUGAUGUGAUUGAGGCAGCUUCCAGUAAUACCGGACACUAUAUUAUAUCGCCACAAAACUACAUUAACCGCAACAACAUUAACAACGAUCUGCAAUUCGGUUUCAUCCAAAUCAAUUUAACCGAUCCCCAGCAAUAUAAUAAUUUGAAAAUCAGUCCACUCCUCUGGUCGAGACCUAUUCCUUUGGCCUGGUAUUUCAAACCACAAUGGGAGCGUAAAUUUGGCUACAAAUGGCCACGAGCAUUGUGCGAUAAUUGGAUACGUAACGAUAGAUUUUUGAGAAAUUUCGCUGCUGACUUGCCCUUGUGUCCUUGCACUCUGGAACAGGCUGUGUACGAUAAGGGCCGUUAUAGGCCAGAUCGUGAUUGUGACAAGGACUCAAAUCCAACAUGUUUGCGUCACAAGACUGCCAUUCAUUGUGUGGUCAGUGGAACACCAACGGCUCAAGGUGCUGAACAACAGUGUUGCUACGAUCGUUAUGGCUUCCUUAUGUUAUCACAGGAUCAGGUAUGGGGUUCCCGUCCGCGUCGUAUUCACAAUUUGGGUAAAAUGCCAUGGAACGAAGCCAGUAAAGUGCCCACCCUCUCAACAUGGUUCCACGAUAUGCGUCCCUUCUAUUCCUGUUGCUAUUGGCAAGAAGAACAAGCUGUCGGCUGUGAAACCUAUCGUUUUGAACGUCGCCCCUCCCAGGAUUGUGUAGCCUAUCAGGCACCCGGUGUUGCUGGCGUUUUUGGUGAUCCGCAUUUCAUAACGUUCGAUGGUACCCAAUAUACUUUCAAUGGUUUGGGUGAAUUUGUUUUAUCGCGCAGUGUUGAUGCCGAUCAGCGAUUUGAGGUUCAGGGUAGAUUUGAACAGGUUCCAAAUAAUGUGUAUGGUCCAGUACCGGCCACACAGUUGACCGCCUUGGCUAUGCGUGGUAAUACCACAACAACAAUUGAGGUGCGCAUACGUCCAAAACAUGCUCGUUGGCGUUAUAAGAUGGAUGUGUUGGCCGAUGGUCGUCGGGUCUAUUUUGAUCGUGAAUCGCUGAAAUUCCAACAUUUUGAUGGUGUCACCGUUUAUACACCCACUUAUUUGUUGAAUCAGUCCCAGGUUGUGGUAAUGUUUGAUUCUGGCAUUGGUGUGGAAGUUAUUGAAAAUGAAGGUUACAUGACGGGUCGUGUCUAUUUGCCUUGGAACUUUAUUAAUAAAACGGCAGGUCUGUUUGGCAAUUGGAGUUUCAAUCCCAUGGACGAUUUCACGUUGCCCAAUGGCCAGGUAUUGAACAUAAAUCCAUCUGAUUUCAAAACGGUGCACAAUCAAUGGGCCAUGAAUUGGAUGUUGGCUGAUCGUGAUUUGCCUGGUGUGGGUGCUGCGUUGUUUACCCGAGAAUUUGGUCGUACCGCAAGUUAUUUUGCGAAUUCAUCCUUCGUACCGAACUAUAUACAGGAGCCAGCCAAUUUCCUACCCGCCAAUAGAUCGUAUGAUGUUGAAAAGGCCGAGGACUUGUGCGGCGAAUCGUAUCAGUGUCGUUAUGACUAUGGCAUGACUUUGAAUCGAGAUUUGGCACAUUUUACAAAGAACUAUUAUGACAGUUUGAUUAAUAUAAGGACAUUGAAUUCACAGCGUGUGGUAUCUUGUGGCGUUUUGGAAACACCCCGUUUUGGUCGCAAGUUGAGUUUCAACUUUAUGCCCGGUGCCAAGGUAUCCUUUGAGUGUAACGAAGGUUUCGUUUUGAUUGGUGAUCAACGACGUGAAUGUUUGUCGAACGGUCUGUGGAAUAUACCGGAAUAUGGUUAUACAACAUGUCUACGUGAAGUUUUCUAUACCCGACGUGUGGCUUUCAUAGCAAUUGGCAUUAUCAUAGCUGUUAUUCUUCCAUUGAUGUUGUGCAUUGUAUGCGGUGUGUAUCGCUUCCGUCAAAAGCAGUUGAAGGAGGAUCCACAAUGGCAAAUGACGCUGCCUCGUUCUCGUGCCUCGUCGCGCACCAAUUUGAGGGCUUUGAAUGCAAAUGGCGAUUAUGACAGCGAUACGGAUGCAACGGGAACACUAAAGAAAAGUAGGUCAUAUGAUAAAGUUUACCGUACGAAUGAACCACUACCGGGCAAACCACGUAUUGAUUUUCCAGCUAAAAAAUGGGAUCUGGACGAUGGGGAUGUGACAUCAUCAGAAGGUAGUGAAAAUAAAGAUACAAAAUUAGCUAAGGAUAUUGAAUACAUUAAUAAAACAGGUGAGAAGCCGAAACAGAUGGGUCGUCGUUCGUUGCGUGGCAUAUCGGGUACGGAUCAGGAUCAGCUGCCGGAACAUGAGGAACAUGACGAACAUGCGGCGGCCGGCGUAGCUGGACAUUCGGAUGAACAUGACGAUGUAGGUGUUCAACAUCCGGCAGGUUAUCAUCAGCCACCAUCACCCGAGGCCGAUGAUCAUGACGAACAUGGUUUGCCCUUGCAUCAGGCGAUGCAUCCAGCGGCGGGUACUCAGGCCCAAUAUAGUCCAACAUUUAGUGGUGCCGAUAGUAGUUUCAGUGGUGAAAGUUAUCACCCCAAUAAUCCGCCACAAACACGUUAUGGUGGUGUACAAGUUCUGCCAAAUACCAAUAGUCAAUACUUUAAUAGGCCGCCAUCUAGUAUGCCAGUAACUGGUGGUCAAGCAGUGCCAGCAGCCACCCCAGUUCGUCCGGCCCCCAUUGUGGGUACACCCUUGACCCAAGAUAAUGGUUUGCCUUCACCUCCCCAUGCUGCAUCGCCCACCCCAUCCGCCCUUAACCAAAGAUCCACAGAAGUCUAAUUCUCAUUCAUAAUGCCAUCUAAAAAAAAAAUAGAACUAAUCCCAAACCUCAACAACCCAUCAAUAACCCAACCCACCAGCCAAAAACAAAAUAACCAACAUCCAUUUACAUUUCUUCGUCUUCGAAAAAACAAAAAAACAAAAAAACAAUUUUUUUUCGAAAAAACGAAAAAACAUUUUUUUCGAAUUGGUAUUGGAUAAUUCUGCAUUAUUGAAAUUUAAAGCCAUAUCAUGGGAUUCUUGUCAUGCGGUAAACAUUUUUUUAUUUUUUCCACAACGUUUUUGUCAUCCAAAAAGCUAUUAAGUUCAAAUUGUAAUAACAACUCCCAACAUUUUUACCAUUUAUUUCUGUUAUAAAAAAAAUCUUAUAUAAAUGUUAAUUUUUUUAAUUUUUAAUUUUUUUAAUGUAUCUAUAGAAAUCAUAAGACCUAAUAAAGCGUAUUAACAUUCAUUCUAACAUUGAACAUUAAAUGUUGGUUACAGCUAAA